AUGCUGUGCGAUCCCUCGUGUUGGGUGACGCGCUGCAACACGCCCGGUAUUCGAAAACAAAGCGUACUCUUCGUACAGCCUUGGUUGGCUCGGGCUGAGCGGCGGUACGCGUCGCUGCAGACGGCGUGCGUCGCUGGACUCCCGGUUGCGACUGUGGCACUGCGGAGGCGGCUUUCACUGUGCGCUGGCCAGCGAACUAGCGUAUUUUGGUGCAACGCACAGCGCAUCAACAUGUCCCGUAAGCUCAAGUCCGUAGCGACUGCCUCCACCGUCGAACCGGAACGAGUUCGCGUGGCCAACACGAAGCCGGUCUACCCAGACAGGCGCUACGUGCUCUAUUGGGUACAGGCGUCGCCGCGGAUUCUCGAAAAUCACGCUCUGGAAUAUGCUAUUGAACGAGCGAACGCUUUGAACAAACCAUUGGUCGCGUGCUUUGGUGUGACGGAUAAGUAUCCCGAGGCGAAUCUUCGCCACUACCGUUUCCUACUCGAAGGACUCUCUGAACUCUGGGAGGAUCUGCGCAAGAAGCGAGGCGUGGCGUUUCAUGUCUUGUACGGCCCACCGGAUGAGGUGGCUGCACAAUGUGCUCGCGGAGCUGCCUGUGAGGUCGUCACGGACCUCGGUUACAUGCGCAUCCAGAGGCAGUGGCGAGAGCGGCUCGCCCAGGCCCUGGACUGCCGCUUGACGCUCGUGGAAUCCGAAGCCGUGGUACCAGUAGAGCUUGCCUCAGAGAAACACGAGUUUGCAGCUCGCACGCUACGUCCACGAAUCUGGGCUUACAUUCAAAGGUUUUGCGUGCCGCAAGCGCCGCAAACAUUGCACCACUCGCAGCUGGAAAUACCAGUUGAUCACGGACCGUAUUCGGAGCUGUUCGAAGAGUGCCCUAUUGACGACAGCGAAGCGCCAGAACGCAUUGAUGCGGCACUAGAGCGUCUCGAGUCGCUAGAUCGAUCGGUGCCGGCAGUCUCACGUUACUUUCGGGGCGGUACCAGUGAGGCUCUGCGGCGUUUGGAGAUUUUCUGCAGUACAAAGUUGUCCUUUUAUGGCGAAGGGCGCAACCAGCCCCAGAGUGACCAUACGAGCUGCCUGUCUGCGUACUUGCAUUUCGGUCAGAUAUCUCCUAUCACCAUAGCAUUGGCGGUUUGGUCACGAAAAGAGACUCCCCGAGAGUCCCGUGAUGCCUUCAUUGAAGAGUUGAUUGUGCGGCGCGAGUUAUCGUUCAAUCACUGUUGGUAUCGUCCGGAUGACUACGAUAAACUGGAUAGUCUGCCCGAGUGGGUCCAUCGAACGUACGCGGAACACCGCGAUGAUCCACGCGAGCACUUGUACGAUCUCGCGAGUCUCGAGCAAGCGCAAACGCAUGAUCCGUACUGGAACGCUGCACAAAAGGAAAUGGUUCUCACGGGCCGCAUGCACGGCAUGAUGCGCAUGUACUGGGCUAAGAAAGUGAUCGAAUGGACGCCAUCCUGGGAAUGUGCCUUUGACUGGCUGAUUUAUCUCAACAACAAGUACGAGCUGGAUGGUCGUGAUGCGAACUCAUUUGUUGGGGUGCUGUGGUCCUUCGGUUUACAUGAUCGAGCGCAUGCCGAGCGAGCGAUUUUUGGCAAGCUUCGCUGGAUGUCGCGAGAUGGCCUCGAACGCAAGUUUCCCAUGCAUGCGUACCUUGAGCGGAUACGGGCCCUCGACAAUGGCGCUUCGUGGGAGGAUGCGGUAUCUAGUGCAGCCUCGGCGACGAAAGAUGAUGGAAAGAAGCGCAUCAAGCGGCCCCGUCGGUAG